AUGUCGUCUAAUAAACCAAAAGGUGUCAUUCCACCAAUUAACUGCAUAUUUAAUUAUUUACAACAACAAACUACAGUUACCUUUUGGUUAUAUGAACAAACAGGUAUAAGGAUAAGAGGUAAGAUCAGUGGCUUUGAUGAAUUCAUGAAUAUAGUUAUCGAUAAUGCUUUAGAAAUACCCGUGGAUAGUAAAACGAGUGUUGAACUCCUUGAUAAAAGUAAAAAACUAGGGAAAAUAAUGCUGAAAGGUGAUAAUAUAACGUUAAUUACGUCUGUGGAAGAAUAA